AUGCUGACGCCGCCAUCGCCAUCGACCUCUCCCUCAUUGACGACGCAGGACACGACGAACAGUCGCAAGCGACAACGCUCACUAUCCAUGCAAUCAGACGCCUCCACGUCCUCGCCCAAACGCUCCGCUUCACAAGACCCCCAAUCCUUCCAGUCCAAUGACGUCCCCGGCCUCUUACUGCCAGACAACAACCGCGAAAUCGACGCGUAUAUGGCGGAACAAGGAGAGGAUAGCGGCCAGGCUGCCGCCCCUACCGCAGGCACAGCGUCCACUUCUGCGCAGAAGCUCGAGUUCUUGAAGCGUUCACAGGACAAGUCCAUGCAGGUCGGCGAGACCUGGUACAUCGUGCCCCGAAGAUGGUACUUCCGCUGGAAGAAGGCCAUUACGGGCGAGGAAGACAAGGAGGGCCGCGUAGAGGAGAAAGACCUGGGACCAGUGGACAACACGCCUCUCUGCGAUCAGAGAGGGCAGGUCACAUCCGACCUGAUCGAACAUGUCGAUUGCGAGUUCGUACCCGAAGAGGUCUGGACGAAACUCUUAGAGUGGUAUGUGUACGGAGAACCUAGGUAUCCUUUACCUCGCAAAGUCAUCGCACGCGGGCUAAUGCAAGAGCCGGUACUCGAACUCCGACCACCAUCCUUCAAGGUGCAUGUGCUCUCACCCACCAGUAUACCUGGCCAGUCUUCGCCGGUGAAGGAGGUCACGGUCUCGUCCACGGACAAAAUCCGCGCUGUGCGCCACGCGUUUGCCGCGGCCGUUAGCCCUCAGAAGGCCGCGUCGGGGCAAUUUCGUGUAUGGAAGACGACCUCGGAUGCAUCCCCGGACCAGCUAUUGUUUCCUGCAGAUACCCUGCGCACAUGUGGCGCAUCCCUUCUCGAAGACGACGAGAACACUGUAGGGGAUGAACUCGUCGACACUAGUGAGGUGUUUGUGGUGGAACUCAUGAACAGAGAGAAGUGGAUCCUCGACGCUUCGGAGGUUGCGCCACCACCAAACGGUGCUCCGCCACCAUCCGCCCCGCCACCACCUCCACCACCCACACAACCAGGACCUCUCUUUGGCUCGGGGACCGAUUUCUUCACCCAACUCCAGAAGAAGGCUUCACCGGUAACGGACGCGACCACCACGUCGGCAUUCAAGCCCAGUCCUGCUAACUCUUUGACUAAGUCGUCCACCCGUCCAAAGGUUCAGCAUGAUCCGGGCACUCUUGGUCUUGGCAAUAUGGGUAAUACUUGCUUCAUGAACUCGGCUAUCCAAUGUCUGGCGCACAACACGGAGCUCGUGGACUAUUUCCUUACUGGGGUCUAUCAGGAGGAGCUCAACCCGGACAACCCGCUCGGGAUGCACGGCGCGGUCGCGCAAGCCUUCGGUGCGCUCAUGUCGCGGAUCUGGGAUCCUGAGUCUACCAUGUCCUCGUACACGCCACGUGAAUUCAAGCAGACUCUCCAGCGCUUUGCACCGCAGUUCAGCGGGUACCAGCAGCACGACUCUCAGGAGCUCGUUGCGUUCCUACUCGACGGCCUCCAUGAGGACUUGAACCGUGUGCUGAAGAAGCCCUAUGUGGAGAAGCCCGAUUGGGAGGGCGGCGGAGACAAGGAGCUCGUCGAGCUCGCGAAUACGUCGUGGGAGGGGUACAUGAAGCGGAACGAUAGUGUUGUCGUGGAUUUGUUCCAGGGUCAGUACCAGAGUACAUUAGUAUGCCCCGAGUGUUCGAAGGUGUCCAUCACAUUCGACCCAUUCAUGUACCUCACGCUGCCGUUGCCCGUGCAGAAGAAGUGGCACCAUACCGUCCUUUACAUUCCUUGGGAUUUGGAGAAACCGCACGUCCGGGUGCCAGUAGAGCUAAACCGGCACUCGAGCUUCAAGGACGUUCGGCAACUUUUGGGACGGUGGAUGGGUGCAGACCCUGACAAUCUGCUCACCCUCGAAGUCUUCAGUCAUCAGUUCUACAAGAACCUCGACGACACUGUCGUCUGUGAAGACAUGGCAGACAACGACGUCAUCGUAUGUUUCGAGCUUCCGUGCAAUGCCCAGCAAAGCAGAACGUACAAGCCCGACCCAGACGACCCCUUCAUCAUCCCCGUCUUCCCCUGCGAGAGUCCCCCGUUGAGGCCGACAUACAGGUCAGGGCCUAACCUGUUCGGAUACCCUUUCGUCACGGUCAUCGAUCAGGAGCAAGCGAAGGACCCCGAAGCGAUCUACGACGCCAUCGUCUCGCGCCUGCAGCGCUGGACUGUCCAAGCAAGCCACCUAUCCACAUGGGAGGCCGGUUCCGCGGACGAUAUGGAACCCGUCCACAUCCCGAUCUCGGGUUCACCUGUCGUGAACUCCGUCACCGAGAUCAAGGAGAAUGGCGAGGUCGUGACCGUCGAGGAAGCCGCCCCGGAGGAGGGUGACAUCGCCGACGAGAAGGCGUCCGUCGUCCACCAGGAAGACGAGGACGAUGACAUGGGUUUGGAGGACGCAAUUCCGCGAAAGGUCGGCUUCAAGCGCGACCUCUUCACCAUCCGCGUACAGAAGUGCGAGCAAGCGUACGGCGUCGGCCACAGCUCCUUCGGCAACAACCACGGCCGCUACGAGACGUGGGAGCAGCGCGCGUCCGCGAAGAACGGGAUCCUGUUGCGCCCGAACGACGCGUUCUACAUCGAGUUCGACGACGGCGUGAAGGCGUUCUUCUUCGGGGACGAGCGCAACUCGUGGGAGUACGCGCUCUGGAACCACUGGGACGAGUUUGUGCACCCGGAGCUCGCUGCAUCGCGCAAGGCCGCGUCGACGCAGAAGCAGAAGGGCAUCACGCUGCAGGACUGCCUCGACGAGUUCACGAAGGAGGAGAAGCUCGGCGCGGACGACCUGUGGUACUGCCCGAGCUGCAAGAAGCACCAGCAGGCGACAAAACGCUUCGACCUGUGGAAGCUGCCGGACGUGCUCGUCGUUCAUCUGAAGCGCUUCAGCAACAGCCGCAUGCUGCGCGACAAGAUCGACACGUUCGUCGACUUCCCGAUCGAGGGCCUCGACCUCACCGAGAUGGUCGGUGAACGCCUCGUGGGGAGCAGGCUGCGGGAGCAAGGCGCGGACGUCGAGGCACUAGGCUUGGACGACUUGGAUGAGCCUUUGCAGUACGACCUCUUUGGUGUUGACGAGCAUCUGGGCGGGUUGGGCGGAGGGCACUAUCGCGCAUAUGCGCUGAACCAUCUCACAGGGAAGUGGUACCACUUCGACGAUUCCUAUGUGACUGAGUCAAGACCGGAGGCAGCAGUAAACGGGAAUGCGUAUCUGCUCUUCUACAGACGACGCACGAGUCGUCCGCUGGGCGGUAAGAGCCAUGCUAAAAUCGAGGAAGCCCGUGCACUAGCCCUCGCGCAGCACAACGCCGUCCACCAAGAGGACCACCAGCUUCCAACGCCGCCCAGUGACGGCUCCCUCUCUCGCGGCGAUACGUCGAUACUCAGUAACGCGCCCACGGUCCUGGACUGGCCCACGCCGACCUCCAUGAACAGUUCCUCCCCAGCCUCAUCUCCCCUCCCGCUCGAGGAUCGCCCCCCGACCUUCGACGACGCGCUCCUGGACCCCGUCAUGCAGUCCUCGCUAGGGCUGGGCGACCUGCCCCUUGUUGGCGGGCAGCUCGAGCUUCCCGAUACACUCUCUCGCGGUUCACCGUCUUCCAUUGACGCGGAGCCAGACCUUGAGAAUGAUGACACGGACUCGCCGUUCUACCAGCCCGACGGGGAGGGAAGCGACGACUACGACCUCAGCCAAGACUUCUCACAGGACUCCGUGCGGCUCCGCAACGCCGUGUUCAAGCGCGACGGGUCGCCGGAAGAGGAGGACCCUGCAGACGUGCUGAUGACGCCCGUAGAGUCCGAGCUGGACGAGACGGACAGCGCGCCGUACGAGAUGUCGGACGAUCCCCCGGUGGUGGGGUCAAAAGGGGCCGAGGCAUGAUACAUGAUGGACAGACACAUCGUUGACGAGAGGACACGAGGAGAAAUGUGGUGUACAUUGGCUGUAGAUCGCUAGAGCCCGAUAAUGCGUACGUCGCAGAACGGCAAGCAAGCAUGUAAUUCCAUUCGCAAUCUGUAAC